AUGGGCACAAAAGCAGGGCGCGGGAAGGGCAGCGCCGAUCACAGCAGGUCCGGACAGACAUUGGCUGGCGGCAGUGACGAGGUUGUGGGCCAAAAGGGCCAAAGCAAAACGGCUGGCAGUAUCAGCAGCCGCUGCGAUGCAGCCGUAUAUACUCUCGUGGCCGAGACUCGAAAUUCUCUCUCGACCGUCGUACUUUUUGCUUCUCCAACCACAGCCUUUGCAUCUGUCAUCGGUUCGCGCAGCCUGGACGCUGCCCGGACUCUCUUCGACAAGCGCGACACCACCUACCACAGCUCGCUGUUACAGGACGACCGUCGUCUCUCGGGCCGCUCGCAAAGCAACACCAACUAUCUGCCGGCACAGAUCGGAGGGCUCGUCGGGGCUUACGCAGCCAGCCUGGUCGUCGUUGCGGUGCUCAUCCUCCUGCUUUCGAAGCGACGACGAGAGCAUCUCGACACGGGUGACGGCUUUCUCUACUUUGAGAAGACGAUCGGACAGCCUACGCCGGAGACGCUGCAGCUGCAGGACAUUGAGGUCCCGUACGCAGUUCGGACCCCGUUAGCGCUGCAGACGGAUUUCGGAUCAGCCAGCAAGACAUACGUGCAGCCGCCUUCGUGUGGGAGUGUGAUUCGCGGAGUGCCCGGCAUCGAUCCGUUUGUGGACCAGGAGGUUGUCUCGGCCGACAGAGAGAUGGCACAGUCACAGCUGGAGGAGAUGUACAAGCACGUGAUGGAGCAAGAGGAGGCCAAAGCAGCGGGCCUUGUGCUGGAAGAGCCACCGUCACCGCUGAGUCCGGUGUCCAAGGCGGGACAGAACAGCGUGGUUGUGGCAGAGAGUAGUCACGUGACAGCGGACAGCAAGCACCGCAAGGGGCUGUCGAGCGUGUCAUCAUCGAUGCUGCUGCGUCGGGAGAAGGGCAAGCCGCAAGGGCUGACGCUGAAUCUGGCGGGCAGCAGCAGCAGCGGCAAAGAGGAGCCGCGCAAGGAGUCACGGACGGCGUCUCUGCUGUCGGCGCUCAAGUCGCCACGGCGAAAGAAGGCGGCGAUGCAGGGCGUCAACAUCUCGGCGCCGAUCAUGACGCCCAUGUCGGGGACGUUUCCACGUAGCGGCCUGGAGAGCGAGGAGCUCGGCGCGAUCCCGCCGCGACACUACGCACCGGCAGCACCACCGGUGCCGCCGACACCCGACAUAUCGCCCCGAGGCAUCGACCAACGACUCGGCAUGGGCAUCGUGACGACCAAUCUGGACAGCCAGGGACAGACAGACCCCGACUCGGCGGUGUCGCAAGACUCGACCGCACCACUGGUCGGACUGCCGACAUCACCGAAGCCAGGCGUCUCGCGGUUCCCGUCGCUGGCCUCGCUGCCGACCUCGCCGCGGGCAAGCGGAUUCGCGCGGGCCAACGCGCCGUCUGCUGUGCGAACGGGUGGCACGCUGCCGCUGCGGGCCUACCAGCCGUCGAUCUCGUCGCCGUCAUUUGCGACGCACAACCAGACCAAGCAGACGGUGUUCGAGCGCACGAUGCCGCCGACGCCCGGCGGCGCCCAGACGCCGUGGACCGGAGCACCGGUGCCGUACUCACCCUAUCAGCCCUUCUCGCCCGUGAUCCCGAUGACACCCAGCCUCGUGACCAGGGCUGACCGCAAGCGGAUGAAGCGGCUCGAGCCCAAGACGCCGACGAUGGAGAUGGUCCGUAGCAUCGACGACACGUGGUGA